GGGACCCGGGGAGGUUCAGUGAGCGUAGGUUGUAGACGUUUAUUUAAUUAGGUAUUUAUUUGGGUGCUAACUUAGAUUAACUUUUUUAUAUAACAGGUCAAUUAAAUAUUGUUCACUAUCUUGAAUUUAAUUUGUUACACGGUCACGUAUUUUAUGCGCGUUUGAUUAUCUGGUCUAUUAUUGUCCGACAGUAAAGUUGCUCGUGUAUUAUUUUAUUAUCAUUAUUUUCACGUAUGAUCGUAGCUAAUCGUAGGUAAAUCGUCAUCAUGACUGAUACAAAAGACCUUGAACGAUUAACCCGUGGUAAGGCCCGUGCGGAAAUAUUACGUUCAAAUGCGAUAGCUAGUAUAAGAUCGGUUCACGGGUUAGCGUUGCGCGUUUCGAGUGAACCUAACGUGGCUCCUCAAUUUUUAAUUGCCGUGACCGAUUUAGACAUGUUAUGGUCUCAGUUUAAGUUGGAGGACGAGUCGGUUUUAGAUUUUUUGAUAAAACUCGACAAGACGAGCGAGUACUCGUCAGGUAUGCCUGCUGAAGUCCGGGCACUUAUUUCCGAAUCAAAAGCGAUCGCUGAUAGUCUUAUCCCAAAAGGCGCGGAUGCCCUCGAUAUGUCGUACAUUAAUUCAAAUUUUACAUCUGGUAAUGUUCCAAAACCACCAGCCCCACCUACCGGCGUCAAUAAUUCGACUUCUCGUCUGCCGGAGAUACCGUUGCCGAAAUUCGAUGGUGAUUUCAGGUACUGGCCCACCUUCCGCGAUAGAUUUAAGGCGUUGGUGGACAGUAGGUCCAACCUAACACCUAUAGAUAAAAUGUAUUAUCUAAUCGGCUGCCUACGCGGGUCAGCCGCGGAAGCAGUGCGUAGCAUACCGGUCGCGUCUGAUAGCUACGAGUUAGCAUGGACAACGCUGUCAAAUAGGUUUAAUCGCCCGCGAAUGGUUGCGACGUCUUUAGUCGAUAAAUUGUUAAACAUCCCGUCGACCACUCAAGAGUCACUACAAGAGUUAACCAAUUUUAUGUGCGAGGUCAGCGAGUCCGUGUCGCUAUUAAAUGCGCUUAACAUUCCGGACUUCGGCUCAUUUUUAUUAUUCGCGCUAGCAUUCCGCCGCUUGCCAAUAUCCACCCGUAAAUUGUUCGAAUCGACCGUGACGUCCGACUAUCCGUCAAUGAGUGAGCUGUUGACUUUUGUUGGGACGCGUGUGUCUAUACUAGAGCUUGUCGGCGAAUCGUCGAGUAAAACCAACAAAAGCACCGCAUCAUUAAAACCAUUUCACGGCGAUCAACCGCGCAAGGGGGGAGAUCGGUAUAAAGGGCAACAGCUGUCUCACGCUGCAUCAUUAGUUACGGCCGCGCCGAAUAAAACCUGUCCAUGUUGCUCGGAGUCUCAUUCACUAGAUUCGUGUCCCCGUUUUAAGUCCUGGUCAGUGGAUGAGCGUACCCGUUGGACUAAGGAGAAAAAACUAUGUUUUAUGUGCUUUAGUGCCGGUCAUUGGUCUAAUCAAUGUAAAUCUAAGACCCGGUGUCACCACUGUAAUCGCAGGCAUCACUACCUGGUUCAUAUUCAGCCGUCCGAACAACACAAUAGGGACGAAGCUCCGCGGUCCGAUACGUCGUUAUGCACGUCUGCCGCGUUACACCAGUCGAGCGCCAGUUCCGUUGUGUUGGGUACCGCUUUGGUACAUGUACGCGAUCGCGCGGGGGAGUGCCAAACGAUGCGCGCGUUAAUCGAUUCGGCGUCGCAAAUUAGUGCAAUCACAUCGUCAUGUGUUGAACGGUUAGGACUUAAAUGUGCACGUUGGACGUCGCCGAUAACCGGUUUGGGCGGCGUUCCUGUUGUUAACGUCCAAGGCCGCGUCGAGUUUUCAGUUCAACCUCGGUUUGCGAUCGAACCAAUAUUAGCCGUACAUGCAUGGGUUUUACCGUCGAUCACGGCCGACCUGCCGCGAAAUACUUUGCCAUCUACUAUAAAAGAUAGGUUUUCAAAUUUGGCAUUAGCCGAUCCUACAUUUAAUAUCGCCGCCCCUAUUGAUAUAUUGUUGGGGGGUGAUGUGUACCCGUCCGUAAUGAACGGUAGAAAAAUAAUCGUCGAUACUAGUCUACCCGCCGCGUUUAGCUCAAUUUUCGGUUGGGUAGUGAUCGGCCGGUGUCCGAUGUUGAAAUAG